AUGGCCAGCGCCGCUGCCCGGUCCCCAGCUGACCAGGACAGGUUCAUUUGCAUCUACCCCACUUAUCUGAAUAACAAGAAGACCCUCGCGGAGGGGCGGUGCAUCCCCGUCAACAAGGCUGUUGAAAAUCCAGCAGCUUCAGAGAUUCAAGAUGUGUGCUUAGCAGUUGGAUUUAAUGCAUCUCUUGAGAAAAAUAAAAUGUGCUCUGGAGAAUGGAAUCGUGAUGCUCUGUACAGGGGCGGAGUCCGGGUUCAGCUGAAACAAGAAGAUGGCAGCCUCUGUUUGGUACAGUUUCCAUCACGUAAGUCGGUAAUGUUGUAUGCAGCCGAAAUGAUACCGAAGCUAAAAACAAGGACACGAAAAACAGGUGGGGCUGACCAGAGUCUUCAGCAAGGAGAAGGAAGUAAAAAAGGAAAAGGCAAGAAGAAGAAAUGAUCUGGGGUGAGCAUCAAGUCUGUGGUACUCCGGUAGGACACAGGAAUGGAGGCCUCCCUUGUCUACCUGAGAGAAACUGAAGAAACCUGUUUGCAUCUGGAAGGAACUGUGACUUUUUGUGCCUCCCAGCUACCGCAUCCAAGUUGACAGUGAAAUAAAUACACUCGAAC